AUGGCGGCCCCGCGGCUGCAGCUGACGCUGGCGCUGCUCAAACCGGACGCGGUCGCGCACCCGCUGGUGCGGGAGGCCGUGCACGCCGCCAUCCUCCGCCACCGGUUCCUCAUCGUGCGCGCCAAGGAGCUGCGGUGCGGCCCCGAGCAGAGCCGCCGCUUCUACCGGGAGCACGCGGGGCGGUUCUUCUACCAGCGGCUCGUGGAGUUCAUGGCCAGUGGCCCCAUGUGGGCUUACAUCCUGGCCCACGAGAACGCUGUCCCUCACUGGAGAUCCCUGAUGGGACCCACCAAAGUGUUCCGAGCCCGACACAGUGACCCGGACUCCAUCCGAGGAGCCUACGGCCUCACGGACACCAGGAACACCACCCACGGCUCAGACUCACCCGCCUCAGCCAGCAGAGAAAUUGCCUUUUUCUUCCCCGAGUUCGAUGAGCGGCGCUGGUACGAGCAGGACGAGCCGCGGCUGCGCCGGGGGCAGGUGUUCUACAGCCCCGAGGAGCGCGUGCACCGCGUGCUCCGGGCAGGCCAGGCACAGGUACAGAUCCAGGGAUCUGCGGGACAUUGCUGCUGUCCCUGUCCCCAGCAGUGUCCAGGGUGGAUCUGCUCAGGAUCCUGUGAAUCUCAGGAUUCACACAGGUCUGAGAGCUGCUGUCCCCGAUGCUGCUGAUACUUUAUUGGUGUUUUUUAAAUUGGUGGUUUGUUGAUUCCUGGAGGAUUUACUCGGUUUUGUGUGUUUUUCUUGUAGUUAUUAAACUUGACUGUUUUUACCUUU